AUGGACGAAGACUUUGAAGACGAGGAGUGGCCUUUUGGCUGUGAAGGUGGACCAGAAGACAUCUUGGCUCCUUCAGGAGUUGGUUCCGCUGAAGUGAGCAAGCUGCUUGCUCGUGCGGAUGGUGAAGCGGGGGAGUUCUCGUUCGGAGGAGUUGCUGAUACAUUGCCCGUCGCACCUGGACUAUUUGUUGACGGCUUAGGUGCCAUUUCAACCCCGUUAUACGCCGAACAAGCUGAAAAACUCAUCGCACUAUGUGAAAAGUCUCCGUUCGGCCACAAUAUGGACACGAAGCUGGACGACAAUGUCCGGAAGAGCUGGCAAUUGCAACCAAACCUGAUCGAAUUUAAGAACCCACUAUGGCAAACCGGCAUUGAGAACCUGAGUAAGACCAUCGCUUCCCGUUUGGGAUACAAGGAUAUUCCUCUCAAAUGUCUACUAUACAAGCUGCUAGUGUAUGGCGAAGGAGGCCACUUUGUCAAGCAUCAGGACACGGAAAAGGAAGAUGGAAUGAUUGCAACGUUAGUGGUGCAACCUCCAAGUAUGCACCAAGGCGGAGAUCUGGUUGUGUAUCGAGAUGCAGAAGUAAAGUAUCGUCAUGAUUUUGGGAAGGCCGACAAUUCUGCUGCAUACCAGCCACACUACGCUGUUCACUAUGCUGAUGCUGAACAUGCUCUGGAGAAAGUGACCAAAGGAUAUCGUCUCGCUCUGGUGUACUCUAUUUGCUUACCACCAACAAUGCGUCACUUGGAAAGACAGUACGAUGUACCUCUAACUGAAGAGCUAGCCAAUGCUAUUGCCAAGAUGAAAGGUGAUGACGAUUCGUUUGCAUUGUUGCUGGCUCAUGAGUACACGGAAAACAGUAUCCGAAACAUGGGAUCGGGGGCUUUAAAGGGGGUGGAUAGUGCGAGAUUUCACGCACUUGAUGGAGCCAAUGCGCUUGUUCCUGAGGACAAGAAAUUGCUGUUUUUCAUCGUGCAGCUACAACAUGAUGUUAGCUAUAAUUGUGGCGGCUAUGACUACGAGAAGACGGGUCAUAAUGACUCCGCUACAUGGUUCACAAGAACAGGUAAAGACCUCGGUAGGGUCGCGCAUUCGACUGAAAAGCUGAAUAUCCUUAACCCUGGACAAGAAGCGCUUGAAAGUAUUUGGAGUUUAACGGCGUACGGCAAGAUGACCAAACGAGGUGGGUACGUAGGCAAUGAGAGUUCUAAAACAGUGUCAACAUACACGCGAUACGCGAUUGUGGCUUGGCCAGCAACUAAGCACUCGGACAAAGCGUUGAAGUUUAUGCCCAUGGAUGUUGCAGCUGAAGCUUUGCAUUGCCGUAAGCCAGUGUCUGCUGAGGAAGUUAGCAAAUUCUUGGAGGGUGCAAGUGCCAGGAUUGAAACCGAAAAUAAGAAAAAGAAGUAUGGAGAAAAGCGUGAAGUGUUCUCUACGAAAUUUUUCCGUCUGGUUUGCGAACUACUCGCUGGAACGGGAGAUCCGAAGGCCGUGAACUCGUUUUUCACAACUUACUGUGGAGCACUUGGCGGAGUAGAAGACAACGAGGCUUUCAUUCCACCAAUCACGGCAAUAGUGCGCACAUUCGACUGGUCAGACAUUGGAGACUCUGUUUUGAAGGCGUUGGGUUCUGGUGUUGAAAAAGAUGAUGAUGGUCGUGGUCGUGAAAUAAACGCUGGUCUAUCAUCAUUGAAAAUGACAUUACGCGUGAUCGAUGGUCUGGCUAGCGGCACCGCUCAGCAGGCCUUAGUCAAGAAGAGUGUUGAAAUUGCGACUCAAAUGGCUGACAAGGAGCUAUUCACGUCGAAGUCUAUUGGAUUGCUUUGGAAGUGGGUUAUCCACAGCGAUGACAAAAAACAUCUCGAAACGAUUGCCAAUAAAUUCCGAGAGGCUGAGACGAGUCUACUUGGUCCCUCGAUUCAAUACUUAUCGCAGCAUUUGAGUAAUACCGGAAACGAUGUAAAGAGCGCUGUUUUGGAUCCGGUUGUGCCAUUGCGAGUGAAGUGGUUGGAGGAUCAAAUUAAAUCGUUGGACAAGAAAUUUUCGUGGGAAAUGCCGGCCGCAAAGUUCUCGGAGAACAAAAAGAUUGAGGAGUUUCUUCGAGGUCCUGAGCAGUCCAUGACUACCAAAGGUGUGGAGAAAUUUAAGGAAUUCCAAGAGGCCAAGAACUAUGCCGCGAAGCACACGCCCAAGGAGCAAGUUGAGUGUUCAUUCGAAUUGGAAGCUGCCGAAAUUGACGGAAACUCGUUUGUGGCGAUCACGAAAACCCGCGAUUGCUUUUUGGCGCAGCAGAAAAUGCUAGUAAACCAUCAGAAGGAGCUUCACCGUCUGAAGGAGCAGUUUGGAGAAGUUUUGAGUGUCGACGGAGCUGAAAAGAAGCGAGCUCGCGCCGAUAAAUGA